CUGGGGAAGGCUGUCCAAGGUAUUAUCCAAACACGCACACACGAGCUCUCGCGCUCUCGCUCUAUUUCUCUCUCUCUCUCUCUCAAACAUGCACACAGACGCUGCUGCCAGCCCUCCACUUACAGCUCCAGCCUUUCAAAGCUGUUUUUCCUCUGGAGAUCAGCACACGGUUUAACACCACACAGCUGCCACCGAAGAGACUGAGGGAAGGAGAGAAGAGUGAAUAGAGAAAAUAGGGAGCAAAAAGAAGAAGACCAGGAAAGUGUUUUCAAAUACUCCAGGUUUUUUGUGUUUUGAAAUACUCUGUUUUUUUUUAGUUUACUCCUUGGGACCAUUCAAAGAAGAGAAGAGAGUCUGAGUUCACAGGAAAUUAUCAGAGUGAAUGGGUUGCCAUGGUAACUGACACUGGCAGCCUGACAAGAGAAAACUCAAUGUUUAAUGGAGGAAGAUCCUCGGUGGUGGCAAGCAAGCGAAAGUAACAGGGAUUUAAGAGAGGUGAGAGGGAACAAGAGAGGAGUGAGUGGAGGAGCGCGGUGGAAGUCCAGAAUGGAGGACGGGUUUUCCAGCUACAGCAGCCUCUAUGACACAUCUUCGCUGCUGCAGUUCUGUAACGAUGACAGUGCAUCGGCAGCCAGCAGCAUGGAGGUCAUGGACCGCAUUGCCUCCCUGGAGCAGCGUGUCCAGAUGCAGGAGGACGAGAUCCAGCUGCUCAAGUCUGCGCUGGCCGACGUGGUGCGCCGCCUCAACAUCUCUGAGGAGCAAAACGCUAUGAUUAACAGGAGGGGACCCACUAAAGACCCAGCUUUGAUGAAAAGGUCCCCAUCGUCAGACAGCAAUGGUGGAAAGCCAGCCAGACCCAUGAUGGCUGCCCUGCCUCUAAGGCACACUGUCAGCAACGGCACUGUCCUGCCCAAGAAAAGCUGUGGCACGCUACCGUCCCCCACCAGCUCCAGGAAGGAUGCUGCUUCACCAGCAACCAAAAGUCUCUCCAGUCUGUCUGGCAUACCCACCAGACUUAUCUACAUCACUUCUCCUUACAGCACUGUGAGGAGAACCAACUCCAACGAAACGAUGGGUACACUGACUCGUAAAGACAGCGGCGACUCCAAGAGCAACCGCACCCGCACCGGCUCUACCGGGAGCAACUCCAGCGGCAAGAGAGCCAGCGAAAGCAAACUUAAGGAGCCCAUUUUCAAUGCAGGGAUGCGACGAGUGACACACUGCAAAGAGGAAGGGUAUGUGAAAAUGUAUUUGAAGGGACGACCCAUCACCAUGUACAUGCCCAAAGACCUUGUGGAGACCUACUGCCUGGAAGCCAAAUCGGACCUGCCAAACAUAAAGCUCAAACUGGACUGGGUUUAUGGGUACAGGGGACGUGACUGUCGCUCUAACCUGUACCUGCUACCCACGGGAGAGACGGUCUACUUCAUUGCAUCUGUUGUGGUGCUGUACAAUGUGGACGAGCAGCUCCAGAGACACUACACCGGGCACACUGAUGACAUCAAGUGUCUGGCUGUCCAUCCUGAUAAAAUCACCAUAGCAACGGGACAGGUGGCAGGCACCUCUUCUGAAGGCAAACAGUUGGCUCCUCAUGUGCGGGUUUGGGACUCUGUGAGCCUCAACACCCUCCACAUUCUGGGGACAGGUUUCUUUGACCGUGCCCUGGUUUGUCUUGCCUUCUCCAAGUCGAAUGGAGGCAACACGCUGUGUGUAGUAGACGACUCCAAUGACCAUGUGCUCUCUGUGUGGGACUGGCAGAGAGAGGAAAGACUAGCUGAUGUCAAGUGUUCCAACGAGGCAGUGUUCGCUGCCGACUUCCACCCCACUGACACCAACAUUAUAGUCACGAGUGGGAAGUCACACCUCUACUUCUGGACACUGGAGAGGGGUACCCUUACCAAGAAGCAAGGCUUGUUUGAGAAACAAGAGAAGCCCAAGUUUGUCUUGUGUGUGACUUUUUCAGAAAAUGGAGACACCAUAACUGGAGACUCAAGUGGAAAUAUACUGGUGUGGGGAAAAGGCACUAAUCGAAUUAGCCACGCCAUUCAGGGUGCACACGAGGGGAGCAUCUUUGCACUGUGUAUGUUGAGGAACAGCACACUGGUGUCAGGGGGAAAAGAUCGGAAACUCCUCUCUUGGGAUGGGAGCUACCAGCAGAUCCAAUCGGUUGAGGUUCCUGAGUUAUUUGGCCCCGUCCGCACUGUUGCCGAGGGCAAAAGGGAGAGUGUGCUUAUUGGGACCACCAGGAACUAUGUUCUACAAGGCAGUUUAUAUGGCGAAUUUACCCCCAUCACACAAGGUCACACCGAUGAGCUGUGGGGGUUGGCCGUGCACCCUUGGAAACCCCACUUCCUCACCUGUGGCCACGACAAGCAUGUCAGCCUGUGGGACGCCUCCUCGCACCAGCCUGUCUGGACCAAGACAAUGGAGGACGCAGCUCAGUCUGCUGGAUUCCAUCCCUCUGGAGCAGUGGUUGCUAUAGGAACGCAGACCGGCAGGUGGCUGGUGCUGGAUACUGACUCUAAGGAUCUAGUCACAGUGCACACAGAUGGGAAUGAACAGCUGUCUGUUAUACGCUUUGCACCGGAUGGCAAUUUCCUGGCGAUUGGCUCUCACGACAACUACAUCUAUAUCUACGCAGUGGGGGAGAGCGGCAGGAAGUACGGUCGAGUGGGAAAGUGCUCGGGCCACUCCAGCUUCAUCACCCAUCUGGACUGGUCAGUGGACUCUCAGUACCUGGUGUCCAACUCAGGAGACUAUGAGAUACUCUAUUGGAUCCCAUCAGUGUGUAAACAGGUGGUGAGUGUGGAGACCACACGGGACAUCCCCUGGGCCACGUCCCACUGCACUCUGGGCUUCCAAGUCUUUGGGUUAUGGCCUGACGGCUCCGACGGGACUGACAUCAACGCCGUCUCCAGAUCCAAUGACAAAAGGCUGCUCGUCACAGGAGACAACUUCGGAAAAGUCCAACUUUUCUCAUUCCCCUGCUCUCAAUUCCGGGCUCCCAGUCAUGUUUAUGGCGGACACAGCAGUCAUGUGACCAACGUAAAAUUCCUGUUUGACGAUAGUUGCCUGGUUUCCACUGGGGGCAAGGACAUGAGCGUCAUGCAGUGGCGGGUAGUGUGAGGCAGUCAUUUUGGGGCAACAGACAGACAGUUUCUUUAUGGAUCAGGGUAGGGUGGGUAGGGGAAGGGUUGUACUCAUAGAGGCUUCCCUGUACAAUGAGCUUACGAUGAUGUUGCCCCAAGAAGCUGAUCUUGGAUCAGUUUUGUAUUUACCCCAUUAAUGAGUUAGAAUUUGGGGAGGGCUGAUUCUAGAUCUGUUCCUAGGGUUGACUUCACUCCAGAGUUGAGCUUUUUGGUGGGUGGGAUGGGUCGUGGGUGGGUUGGGGACGAAGAGCAUCGCAACAAAGGAUGAUACAAUAGGGAGUACCUAUUGUUUCGUCUUUUAUCUGUCUCCUUUAUUUUGUAUAUUUCACACCUCAGGAAACCAAUAGAAAAUUAGGAGUUGAAUUUAUUCCCUUUGCCAUAUCAAUGGCCUCUACUCUGGCCUGGUAGAGAUAGCACUCCACAUUUGAAAGUGGAUGGCAGGUAGCCUAGUGGUUAAGAGUGUUGAGCCAGUGAGCAAAAUGUUGCUGGUUUGAAUCCCAAAGCUGAUUAGGGGAAAAAUCUGUUGAGCAAGGCUUUUUAGCCAAAUUGCUCUGGGUAAGAGUGAAUGCAUAAUGGAAGUUUUCAUAUUUACUAUGUGCACAUACAUUUGGUUCAAACUGAUGCUGACAGAGAGUAAAUGACCAAUAUUCCAAUGAUUACACUCUUUCAUCAUAUGAUGUUUAUUUUAUAGUGAAUACAUCGGGUUUACCCCAGGCAGUUUGUUACUAGGCCAAGUGUGCGGUUGAAUAGAUGCGAAUUCUGUGACGCUACAUGGGAAUAUGAAGAUAUUAACUCUCUGCUGCCACUGUCUGGCUUCCUGAGGUAUUGAAUGGUGUCAUAAUGACUACUUCACUAAUGCUCUGCAAACUAUAAUACAUGAUAAAGUAUCACACUGGCAUUUCAAAGAGCCCUUUAAAAACAAAUGAAUGAUUAUUUAAAUGAAUAGUCAAUGAUUAUUUACACCUGUUGCAAAGCAUCAUUUUGGGACACAAAUGACUGAAGUUCAACUACAUUUCAAACAUAUUUGGAUUACACUGUUAUAUAUCUGCUGCCGAUGUCACUUUCUUCCUGAGCCUCCCUUAUCUUCCUGUAUAGUCUUCAAACUAGUUAUGUAAAUAAGAGGUUUGUACUAAUCAGACCAUUGCACUGUAAUUGUUUUCUCUCCAAUACCCUUUUCACACUAUAGUGCCGAACCAAUCCGUACCGUGCUGACUCAAUAUUUUCUUUUCACAUUGUCCUUUUCAGCACGGCUACAGUAUCUACAUGGAAGCUAACCAGAUUAGCUCAGUACAGCUUGUUUGGCUCGGUUUGGCUCAGUAGUGUGAAAAGUCCUAAUGUGUGCUCCCCUAUUGUGCACUGUUUGCCAUAGGCAAGUAAUCACUACUCCAAGGCUUAAGGCCCACUCUUGAUAUUUACAGCUGUUUUUGAUCUCUCCAAGGCUUAAAAUAACCUGUGAUUUAGCUACCAUA